AAACUUGAAUCACCUCCCUUCAAUUUUAAAACUAAAACAUCACCUAUAAUUAAAUGUCCCACGUAACUUACCCUUUAUGCUAACUCAUCAAGUCCAUUUACCCCGACCAAACCCAAACCCAUUUAAUCAACCAGCUCAUGUUUAUACCCAUUUAUCCUGGAGGAUCAACAAGAGAGACAACGGAAUCUUGUUGAAGUGGAGCGUCGACAGAGUAGUAGUAGUGAUGGUCGUCGUCCUUCUUGCAAGACAUCAAGAUCUGGCUAUUUAUAUCAUGUUUGCAUCGGCUGUGGCGAAGAUUGACGAAUUGGCGAUCUUCAAUUGGAGAACGCCACGAUUUGCAAACAUGUUUGAACCUUCCUACUGUGUGGUUGCUACUGAAUCAGCAGGCAGGCAGCUUCCAAUUGCCUUUUUGGAACGUAUUAAGGAUGAUUUUACCAAGAGAUAUGGUGGAGGAAAAGCUACUACUGCUACUCCUAAAAGUCUAAGCAAGGAAUUUGGGCCAAAAUUAAAAGAGCACAUGAAGUAUUGUGUUGAUCAUCCUGAAGAAAUUAACAAGCUUGCUAAGGUGAAAGCUCAAGUUUCAGAAGUUAAGGGAGUGAUGAUGCAAAACAUUGAAAAGGUUCUUGAUCGUGGUGAGAAGAUUGAGCUUCUAGUUGAUAAAACAGAGAAUCUUCGAUCACAGGCUCAAGAUUUUAGGCAACAGGGGACCAAGAUAAGGAGGAAGUUGUGGUAUGAAAAUAUGAAGAUAAAACUGAUUGUGUUAGGGAUUAUCAUAGCUUUGAUUCUCAUUAUCGUUUUGUCAGUUUGCCCUCGCUUUGACUGUUUUUAAUUAUUUUGCAUCAGACUCGCGAUUUAUUUAUUUACCUCAAAUCUACUAAUUAUCAGUCAAUUAAUGGGCUUUCCUUUCAUAUGGUAUAUUAGCACAUAAGAGAAGCUGGAAUUGGCCUAUAUUAUGAUGUAGAUUGUAUAUUAAUCAGGAUUAGUUUGUCCUAAUUACUUUGGGAAUUAUUCGAAUUGUACUAUGUUAAUUUUCUUUGAUGUUGUUUUCUCCAAAUGAAAUGUCACA